AUGUGUGAUGACGAAGAGACAGCGGCCCUCGUCUGUGACAAUGGUUCCGGCAUGGUGAAGGCUGGCUUUGCGGGGGACGACGCCCCCAGAGCGGUCUUCCCCUCCAUAGUCGGACGCGCCCGUCACCAGGGCGUGAUGGUCGGUAUGGGCCAGAAGGACGCCUACGUGGGCGACGAGGCCCAGAGUAAGAGAGGCAUCCUCACCCUCAAAUAUCCCAUCGAGCACGGCAUCAUCACUAACUGGGACGACAUGGAAAAGAUCUGGCAUCACACCUUCUACAACGAACUUCGCGUCGCUCCCGAAGAAUCGCCCACCUUGCUCACCGAAGCGCCAUUAAACCCGAAGGCGAAUCGCGAGAAGAUGACCCAGAUCAUGUUCGAGACCUUCGCCAUGCCCGCCAUGUACGUCGCUAUUCAAGCCGUCCUGUCCUUGUACGCUUCCGGGCGCACGACUGGUUUGGUUUGCGAUUCGGGCGACGGAGUGACGCACAACGUCCCCGUAUACGAAGGGUACGCCCUCCCUCACGCCAUUCUUCGACUUGACCUCGCGGGUCGAGAUCUCACUGUGUACCUGAUGAAGAUCAUGACGGAGAGAGGCUACUCCUUCACCACCACCGCCGAGCGCGAGAUCGUCCGUGACAUCAAGGAGAAGCUCUGCUAUAUCGCCCUGGACUUCGAGAGCGAGAUGAACGUCGCUGCUGCUUCCUCCUCCGUUGACAAGUCCUACGAGCUUCCCGAUGGACAGAUCAUCACCAUCGGUAACGAACGCUUCCGCGCUCCCGAGUCCCUAUUCCAGCCAUCAUUCCUGGGAAUGGAAUCCGUCGGCAUUCACGAGACCGUCUACAACUCCAUCAUGAGGUGCGACAUUGAUAUCCGGAAGGACUUAUUCGCAAACACCGUCUUAUCGGGGGGCUCGACCAUGUACCCCGGCAUCGCUGACAGGAUGCAGAAGGAGAUCACUUGUCUGGCGCCGUCGACGAUCAAGAUCAAAAUCAUCGCUCCUCCAGAGCGGAAGUACUCCGUCUGGAUCGGCGGUUCCAUACUGGGCUCGCUCUCCACCUUCCAGUCGAUGUGGGUCACGAAAGAAGAGUAUGAUGAGUCGGGACCAGCCAUCGUGCAUCGUAAAUGCUUCUAGUACAUUGUAUUUUUACAUUGUAUUUUGUAAUGUUUGUAUUUCUUGACAUCGAUAUCAUGAUUCCAUUGUCUUGCUCAUCAUCUCAAAAGCCUUUCUGUUUUGUCUUUCCUUCCGUGGACAUUGUUAUAUUUUAUGCUAACGUUAACUACAUUAUU